AUGUCUGCUCCCUCUGUUCUCGAAUAUGCCCGUUUCCACGGCCUGGCUAUUGACCACACCUCAGAAGAUCCCCUAGCCUACAUUUCCCAAAUACCGCUGCAAGAUAUUGAGGAUGGCCAACAACUGCCAGACCAAGAUUUCUCGGUAUUUGCUGACGAUAUUGCAGAGCCAAAGUUGCAGCUCACCCGUCAUGAAGGUACCAUGCUCGCUGAGAGCAUCCUCGACCGUCCCCCCGUCGUGAACUGGAGCAACUUCCUGCCGGAACGGCACCGACUGCGAAACUUGAAAAUCGAAGAGCCGUUGCUAGCAGGGGACCACGAGUCAGAGGUUCGGCGUUUCAGACGAGAGGCAUCGAGCCAGGUGGACACCGAACACUUGUUCGAGACCUGUUCCUUGAUCAGUUCUGCAUCAGGACAGGACUUCGAGGAUGAAUGGAACGACAUCCAAUCCGGCCACGUUCUAAGAGAGGUCGAACAAGAGCUGGAAGAUGAGAGAUGCCAUACUACGAAAGAGGGGCUGGUGCAUUUGUCGAUUUCGCUGAAGGACACUUUGAGCGAGGACACAAAGGCCACCAUACUGCACAGCUUUGUUCCAGUUUUGAAGAGACCACGACUGAGAUCUGUGACACCCCCGUUGAUGCCAGACUCGCCAGAGCCACAAGUUCCACCCUCCCCCAACCUAGACUUCUCUCUACGGUCUGAGGAAGACAUUGAUAGGGACAAUUUUCUGCUUCAGCUAGAGAAAGAGAUGCAAGAGAAGGACCAAAUACCGUCCGAAGGAAUCGAUGAUGCGAGUCCGACGACAUCCAAACUGGUAUUGAAAGAGAUACAUGACGCAGCUAACUUGGAGGCCGGUGAAGAUUUGCGAAUGGAAGCAGUCUGUGCAUCAUUCGAUGGAAGUCACCAACCGAGAAAGAACCUCGAAAAUCUGUGGCUUGAUGUGCCAAUGAUCUCGUCUUCUUCGCAAUCUCAGCAAUCCAGCGAACAGGCAGUCAAAUUGUCAUCGCCUGUGGAGCCUGUCCCGGCUUCUCGAGCCCAACCCCUCACGCUCACUGCAUCUAAAAGCCCUAGCAACGAAGUUCAGCCUGGUUCAAUAACGACAGAAUGGUGCGUCGACAGUGGUAAACUAGGUUCUCUCGAAGAGUUAUUGUCCCGCGGGGCGGUGGAGUUUGAAAAUGAUGGAUUUGAGGCGGUAGAGGAUGACCUAGACGAAGAGCUGGUCAAGUUCGCGGAAAAAGCAGAGAAAGAGAUAGAUGCCGGCUUGAGAGGUGACAAAAUCGACACACCAGAAGAGUGCUUGAAACAACCCGUUCCUCGACUGGAACCUUUUUCCACCCGGUCGCUAUGUGACGACCAAGACGCUGACCUUCUCUUGCGCAAAAUUGAUGAGGUGUGCUUGGUCAUCCCAAAUACGGCACACUUGCAGAAUGACCCAAAGCUCAAUUGGUCUCCCUUUCCGCCCCAGUUAACCAAGCUGCAACUCGUCGACGGUAUUGAAGAUGAUGGCAAAAUUGGCACACUUGUGGGCGCACCACAAGGAGUUGUCAAGAGUGAGCAACUGCUCUGGAAACCGUCCGGUCUCCGCAUGCUUGAGACAAAUGAUGAGAGUGAUGGUGAAAUGGAAGAGGAUCCAGAGUUGCGUGAGAAUAUGUCCAGAGUGAGCGAACCCAUCGUUCCGGCAAAGAGACUCAAUCAUGGGUCGGACUCGAGCUGCAUGUCACCAACUAAGAAGUCCUGCACACUGGACACCAAUAAAGUACAGGGCAUGAUGGCACGCAAUACCGGCCUUGCUUUGAACGGCUUCUCGAGUUUCAAUGCGCUGGAGGCGUUCCUUGAUCUACGAGGAGCAAAGUUCAAGAGAGCUGCUCAACCACAACCGCCUUCGGCAAAUGAACUUGCAGACGAUCCCAUUCAAGCAACUCAACUUGAGGAAGAGAAGCGUGUAACCUUGGCGCGCGGUUCGGUCUUGCAGCAGUCAGAACCAUCGGGCGAAUCCAACCCUUGCACCAUCCAAGUUCCGUCAACCGCAAUUGGCACUACACACACCGGUGGCAACGACGACCUUGGCCCACUUAUGGAGUCGAAAUGGCCUAGGACGAUCUUGAUCGAGACAACCACUCUCGGAAGAUAUCGUUCACUUGUCAGUUUUCUAGAAACAAACGGAGGUAAGCAACUUCGUAUGAUAUACCGAGAAAUCACCCAAUCUGAGCGAAAUACGCCUUCUGCGUCUCCCGAUAUCAUUUUGAAUCCGAGGACAGCCCUCAUGUUCACAAACAUGCAGGCCUUACACCAGAAAAGCUUGCCUGGACAAGGGAUCCAAGCAGGCGAAAGUAUGAUCCAAAGCAGAAUCCUGAAACUCGCACAUGAUUAUACUCAGCUGUUCAUUCUCGUUGCAAUGACGGCUCGCGGGAAUAUCCUGCUGCAGUCGCAAGUUGACACGAUGAACACUUUUGCAGGGUUUUGUGAAAAGCUCUCUAGUCGUCAUGGCCUCCACGUCCACCCUCUCUGGAUCUCGUCAAGUUCUGGAACUCAACCAGCUGAGGCGGCUCUGAGUUGGUGGACCUGGAAUCUGGCUUGUUGCCACGGCUUUCCGGUUACCGACCCGUCUCAGUCCCUGCGUCCAAAGAUAGACACAGCUAAUCUCAUCAAUGAAGAGACUCUCUGGGAGAGAUUUUUAAGAAAGGCUGGGCUGAAUCCUAUGGCAGCCCAAGUUGUCCUCGGAGGAUUGAGAAGAUCGGACUCCCCUGAAAUCACGCUCGACCAAGAUUGGGGCCUGAGGAGAUUCGUGAAGAUGGAUCCUGAUGAGCGCAUGGACAUGUUUGCCGAGACUUUGGGACAGGGAGUACUCGAGAGGGUCAAUGCCGUGCUUGACAAAGAUUGGGGCUGGAGAUGA